CAAAGAAAACAAUAAACAAUAAGAACUUUCGAAGAAUAUAGCAAUAAUGAAGCAAUCUCUUCUUUCUAUCUUAAUACUUCUACUAUCAUCAUCAUUUGCACCCAUUCAUGCUCGCAACAAAUCACAACCGGCAAAUUCUCCUUCACUGGUAGCAGCUCCAGCGCCGGGACCGUCGAAUUCUGAUUGCUCCAGCGUUAUAUAUGACAUGAUGGAUUGUCUCUCGUACAUUACCCCCGGAUCAAAUGAUACUAAGCCCACGAAAGUUUGUUGUGGGGGAAUCUUAUCUGUUCUACAGUAUAACCCUACGUGUGUUUGCGUCGGUUUAGAAAGUAGCAAAACUAUGGGGUUUGCCGUUAAUAACACUAGAGCUCGUGCCAUGCCUACGACUUGCAAGCUCCCGAUUGUUGCUACUCAUUGUCCGAUGCUGGACGAGGUGACACCGGCUGCAUCAAGUCCUGUUUCUCAAUCGGCUGGAACACCUAUGACUUCGCCAUCUUCGGUCGCGUCACCGACAUCUUCACCAUCUUUGGCUGAGUCUCCGGUCAUGACUGCACCGUCUCCCUCAAGUUCUGGCACCAACCACCUCUCAGCUUCAACAGUGACCCUUGUUGUCAUUAAAGUUUCUUUUGUAGCGUACAUUGCGUUUUUCUUUUUCUAAUUAAUUACAACUUUACUCGUUUUCAUAUAGUUUCUAAUUAGUUGGACUUUUAAUGGUUGUACUUAAAGAUAUAUGAUGCUUUUUAAAAUCGUUCAACAUUAAUAUCUACUUGGGUUUCGUGUC